AUGUCGUUGCUGUUGCAACGACUUCGCCAUGUGCGCUCGAAUCGGCGGUGGCUGAGCUUAGAGCGAAAAGUACAGCGAGCUUUUCAUCUUAGCUCGGGUGCUUGUGGUCUACCACAUCCGCAAAAGCGAGCCACGGGUGGUGAGGACGCCUGGUUCAUUAGUGGCAAUACAGUUGGUGUUGCAGACGGCGUUGGCGGAUGGGCACGCAAGGGCAUAGAUUCGGGCGAGUAUUCGCGCACGCUCAUGAGAUCCGCGAAGCAAGUACUAACAAAAUCAACCAUGGUGCCAACGCCAUUGCAAGUGUUGACGAUGGCGUAUCACAACGCCCAGUGUCCCGGUAGCUCUACAGCGUGUAUUGUGCAGCUGAAAGACUUGUCAUUACAGGCAAUUAAUUUAGGCGACUCGGGUUUUCUCCUGUGUAGAUUGCAGCCAGAUAAAAUAGCGGAAGGCGCGCUUAGGUGGCAGAUUGUGCAUGAGAGUCCUUGUCAGUGUCACUAUUUCAAUUGUCCUUUUCAACUUGGCUUUGGGACAAAUGGAGACGAGCCAGAUAUGGGCGAAAUUUUUGAUCUUGAGAUUCAGGAAGGCGAUGUGGUCGUGCUUGGGACCGAUGGACUAUUUGACAAUUUAUUUCCAAAGCAAAUUGCAAGUCUUCUUGACUCGGUUUUACCACCAAAGCUGGAGCUGGACCAGCGUAGUAUGGAGAAGGUGGCAUCAUGCAUUGCGCACACUGCUCACAAGGCUGCAAAAAGUACAAAAACCAAGACUCCAUUUUCGGUGGCGGCACAGCAAGCAGGCUAUGAGUAUAUUGGGGGAAAGAUGGAUGAUAUAACUGUUGUGACGAUGCGUCAGUCCACUGCAUACACAUGUAAAAAGUUUUAUGCCGAUCGAGAAAGUCGAUUACGUUCCUUAUCAUGA